CACACUGACACAGGGGGCUCUCACACACACUUCCACUCAGAAUGACACAGCUCUGAUCGGAGGGAGGUGAUCUCUGAAAUUGCUCAGUGAGCUCCCCUAAUUUCCCUGAUUCACAAUCUGCUGUUAAUCACACCCAAUGGAAUCCAAUCAGAAGGGAAGUGGGGACGGGCUGGCGGGGACACAGAAAGAAGUAGCUCUAAGAGCACUUACCCAAAGGACCGGAUACCAGCUGAGACAGGAGAACGGCCAGCGGCGGUAUGGUGGUCCACCACCUGACUGGGAUGGGCCACCUCCUGAGAGAGGCAGUGAGAUAUUUGUGGGGAAACUCCCCAGAGACCUCUUUGAAGAUGAACUGGUUCCGUUGUGUGAGAAGUUUGGAAAGAUCUAUGAGGUGAGGAUGAUGAUGGACUUCAACGGGAACAACAGAGGUUACGCCUUUGUCACCUUCAGCAACAAACAGGAAGCCAGGACAGCCAUGAAGCAGCUUAACAACUAUGAGAUCAGGAAUGGGCGCCUCCUCGGUGUCUGUGCGAGUGUCGAUAACUGCCGUCUGUUUGUCGGAGGGAUUCCUAAAACAAAGAAGCGUGAUGAGAUCCUGACGGAGAUGCGGAAGGUCACCGAUGGAGUUGUGGAUGUUAUCGUGUAUCCAAGCGCUGCAGACAAAUCCAAGAACAGAGGUUUCGCCUUUGUAGAGUAUGAGAGUCACCGAGCAGCCGCCAUGGCCCGACGCAAGCUCCUGCCAGGUCGGAUUCAGCUUUGGGGUCAUCCUAUUGCAGUAGACUGGGCAGAGCCUGAGGUAGAGGUUGAUGAGGAUACCAUGGCAACUGUUAAGAUUCUGUAUGUGCGGAACCUAAUGCUGCAAACUACAGAGGAAACCAUAGAGAAGGAGUUUAACAGCCUGAAACCAGGUGCAGUGGAGCGAGUGAAGAAGAUCAGAGACUAUGCCUUUGUACAUUUCAGUCAGAGAGAAGACGCCAUUAACGCGAUGAACGCUCUCAAUGGAAAGGUGGUGGACGGCUCUCCUAUCGAGGUGACUUUGGCCAAGCCAGUGGAUAAGGACAGCUAUGUUCGGUACACCAGAGGAACCGGAGGAAGAGGAGGCUCGGUUUUGCAGACUGACUACACAGCUUAUACUUUGGGACAGGUGUAUGACCCUACAGCGGCGUAUCUUGGGGCUCCUGUGUUUUAUGCCCCCCAAACCUACGCUGCCAUUCCUGGUCAAUUCCGCUUCCCAGCAGCCAAAGCUCAUGUAGGAGGUAGAGGACUGAUUAGAACGCCUUCGGUCAGAGAAAUUUACAUGACUGUACCUGUAGGGGCCGCUGGGGUGCGAGGGCUGGGUGGGCGGGGCUACCUGGCCUAUGCAGCUGGGGCUGGAGCCAUGGGACGAGGGGGUGGAAGCAGUGCCUCCUAUGGUAUGAAGGGGGACAAACAGGCUGAAGAAAAGCUAUAUGACCUGCUGCCAGGGAUGGAGCUGACACCGAUGAAUCCUGCUGCCAUGAGCCUAAAGGCCACCGGCAUCAAGCCACCGACGCAGGUUUUGGAGGAGCUGUGUCAGAAGAAUAACUGGGGUCAGCCGGUCUAUCAACUCCAUUCGGCCAUCAGUCCAGACCAACGACAGCUCUUCCUCUACAAGAUCACCAUCCCAGCUCUCGCCAAUCAGUACCCCAACGUACAUCCCUUCACUCCUGCCAAACUGUGUGUGUCAGUGGAAGAAGCCAAGGUCCAUGCAGCCGAACAUACCCUGCAGACACUCGGCCUGCAGACAGAGGGCGCUGCUGAUGCCAGCUGUGCUACUGCAGCUGCUGUGGCCUCAGUAGCCUUCCCAGGCUACGCACUGGCGAGCCCUGCAUCCUCAGGAGUCGCCUCCCAGCUAAAGCAGGCUGUCUCUCUUGGACAAGAUCUAACUGCCUACACAACGUACGAGGGCUACCCUGCAUUUGCCUUGGCAGCUCGCCACACUGAUGGAUAUGGUGUUUUCUAAAGCAGCCUUUUCGAGGGAAGUUAAACUGCAUUUAUACCACAAUGCUUUCCUUACUACAAAAUUUGAUUCAGUUUAGAAAAAGCAAACUCUGUGACCUGGCAGGUGGUCAGAUUUUUUUUUGGCUCUUAGUUAAUAGCAGGUUUCAAGUAAACUGGUGCAAACGUAGUAUUUAGCUGUUGUGUUUAGGUUAUACAGGGAGAACAAACUCUGUUGAGUUUAGUUUAAAACCACUUCAGUCUCAUCCCAGAUAGCUGCUGCUGAAAACCAGUGGGACUCGUCAGGGGCCCAGAAACAAACUCUUAAUCUUUGACAUUUUAUCUUUCACCUUCUCUCCUUUUUUUUUUUGCUCCUAUUCAAUUAGAAUUAUUAAUUGUCAACACUUUGGUCCAAGUUUCUAAAAACUGCCUCUGAUUGGCUGAUUCCCUUAUUCUGGUUAGAUGUUUACAGUAUGACUUAUCUCUAACCAAGAUAUGUACUUUUAACGUGUCCUAUACUGAUGAUUUCAAUCACAAUUGGGAUGUUAGCUAUUCUUCAAACCUUUUAAUCAUAUAUUUUGUUUUUUGAUAGAAUGAAGAAAAUAAAGACAUUAGGCGGAUGAAACUGUAAACUUUAAAGGAUGCCAAAGUCCUCUUAAUAACAUAUGUAAGGAAAAUGUCUUCUUAUUUUUAUUUUCCAUCUCUGUAAAAUUGAGAGCAGUCUUUAUUUUAGAUUGAAGCCAUUUGAGUAAUGAAGUACCACAAAAAAAUAUUUGGCAGGGCUUAAGGGUUGUAAAAAACUGUAUACAAAGUUUCCUGUUUUAUACAAGUUCAUAUGAGCUUUUUAAAAGCAUAGUUUUCAUUUGUAUUAUCUGUGGUUCAGUAGGAUUGUUUCUCUAGGGCGUAAAAACGCUCAGAAACUUUGUACGAAUGACGUUUGCUGUCUUAUUGCUGAUACUUUUCUGUUUGUUAUCAGUGUUCUUAUGUUCUCACUGAAUGUUUUUUUUAUUUUCUUUUGUAAGUCUGUUGCAUUAGUUAAAACGCACCUCCUUUCUAUCCUACAAUCCAAGGUGUUAUCUUUAUUUGAGAUUUGCAACCUGGUUCAAUAACUAGAGUGAGGUUAUAGGUAGAAUGGUAAGGUGUCAGGCUUAAAUAAUGCUCCAGGGAAUCCUGAUUGGUAUUUGGACAAAAGCAGCUGCUGACAGCAGCAAUAACAUUUGGUUUAACUUUUGCUUUUUUUUUUGACUGAAGGUUUGUGGAUAUUUUAGAACAGAUGACACAUGUUGGCAUCCGAGCUGUGAACAUGCCGAAGCAGAGACAGUAUUAAAGUGUGUGAAGCACUUAGAACUUAUUUUUGUACCUGGAAUCAGAUAAAAUAUCCAACAUAUUUGUACAGAGGUAUUUUAACUUGUCUUUGCUGCCAUAAUUGACUUGGCAAGAAAAACGUGAUGCUGAAU